AUGCUUCAAGAAAUUUUUAGUCCCUUUGAGACCCAUCAAUCCGAAGUUUUGAAAUCCAUUUGUGAGUAUCUUCUUGAAGACGAUGAUGAUGAUGAUACUGUCAACGCAGCAUCUCCUGCAGCAACUCAUGCGGACAUGUACUCGAGGAGUUUGAGCUUCAGCAAUCUUUUACUAACGGAGAGUUGGAGGAGCCAACUGCCCCUAGAAGUCGACGACUCGGAGGAUAUGUUGGUGUAUGGCGCUUUGCGUGACGUGCUCAACUCCGGGUGGACGAUGCCUUCGGUUUCGAAUCAAGAACUUGAUUUGGAAGUGACGACCGUUGAUUAUAACAGCAUUAGUCCGGCGACAGAGAAGAAACCGGAGACGGUGGAGCGUGAGGUACAAGCACCCGUCGAGAAGACACAUUACAAAGGAGUGAGGAGACGGCCGUGGGGAAGUUAUGCAGCGGAGAUAAGGGACCCCAAGAAGAACGGGGCGAGGAUUUGGCUCGGGACUUACGAGACGCCCGUGGAUGCGGCAUUGGCCUAUGAUCGGGCCGCUUUUAAGAUGAGGGGGUCCAAGGCCAAGCUCAACUUCCCUCACCUCAUCGGCUCGGCCGAGUACGAGCCUGUCAGGGUCAGCCGCAAGCGUCGGUCCGCUGAGCCUAGCUUGCCAUCCGUGUCCAGCGACGACAGCUUGACGACGAGGGCGAAGAGGAGAAAGAGAGAGGUCAAUGUGGAUGCUGAGGUUGAUUUUGGAAGUCCAAUGCCCUUUCCCACAUUGGAUAUGGGCUUCUUGAGAGUGGAUGAACAAUUUUUAUUUUGA